UAUUGUUGAUUUUAUAAAUUCAUGGCUUGACAGUAGCAAUCAGUACGAGCUUAAAGAUACUUCAGGCUAAUUGGACGACUUAUCGAAAAGAAUGUGGGAAUUGUUGUGGAAGAUUUUUAUUUUCUAUAUUCUUAUUUGCAGAAAUUCUGCAACUUAUUAUGACAACUCACAAAACGGCCGCAUUAUUUAUCCAAACAAAGAAUUUUUUGAUGAUUGCUAUAUGGAUGAAAAACAACAGAUCAAGGGAAAAUGUAAAAAUCUGCGUGACUGUCCCUCAGCACUGAGUCGUUGGAAAAAUGAAAAUAUACGUCCUAAGACUUGCUACUUCAAUAAGUUCGAGCAAAUCGUUUGCUGUGAAUUAGCUUUCGGUGAAGAGGGCUGCUAUUUAUCACCGGCAAUAGCCAGACGCCGCAGUGAGUUGGCAUGUAUGCCAGAGCUUAAUAUUACGCCAGCGCCACAGUUGCAUAAACUUAUUCCUGAAGGAGAUAAUAUAGUUCGAACGACUGUGGUACAUGGUGAUCCAACAGAACUAAAUGAAUUUCCUUAUAUGGUUGCAUUGGGUUGGACAUCCAACUUAGAUAGUUCAAUAAUCUACCGUUGUGGUGGUGCUCUUAUAUCAAAGAAAUUCGUUCUAACAGCAGCACAUUGCACAGAUUUGGGCGGUGUAACACCAAAAUACGCUCGCAUUGGAGGAAUCAAUCUUACUGACUCCAAGAAUUCGGACAUAAAAAUUAAAAGAAUUAUAGUGCAUCCUUCAUACGACUAUAUAUCAUCUUAUAAUGAUAUUGCAUUAAUAGAGCUGGAACAAGAAUCAAAUAAUGAGGUAGUUUGCUUAUGGAGUAAAUAUGAUCUACCAAAUAAAAAUGUUACAGCAAUUGGUUAUGGACACACAAAAUUCGGCGGAGAAGCUUCUCAACAGCUGCUAAAGGCCAAUUUGAAUAUAGUUCACAAUAAUCUUUGUAGAACACAUUAUAUUCAUGAUAACGAUCAACUUCAAUAUGGCAUUAUCAAUACACAGAUUUGUGCUGGAGAUCCAGAAGAACUACGAGACACUUGUCAGGGUGACUCUGGUGGUCCAGUAAUCAUGAAAAUUGGUGAAGACAUUAUACAUGACUUUAUUGUUGGUAUAACAUCAUUUGGACAAGGCUGUGCUGGCAAACCACCCAGCGUAAAUACAAGAAUAUCAGCUUACAUCGAUUGGAUAGAGAACAUUGUAUGGCCUCUGUCAUUAUAAACAUAUUAAUAUAAAAUAUGGGUAUAUGUAGAUACGUAGUAUUGUGGAUUCUAACGAAUACCA